AUGGCCCGCUCACCAGGCCUCAGACCCUGGGCGCCAGACAUCCUGGUCCCAGGCCGUGGGCACCGGCCGGAUGGGUGGUGGUGGCAACAGCUGUGUGGGCCACCAGCAGCUGGUGGGACGCCCAGUCCCAUGAGGAAGUGGGCCAUGCGCAGGAAGAACGAGCCGGUGGAGGCACGCAUGCACCGUCUAGAGCGCGAGCGCUCCGCCAAGAAGACCAAGCGGGAGCACGAGUCGCCCGAGGAGCGGGAGCUGCGACGGCUGCGGGACCGUGAAGCCAAGCGGAUGCAGAGCUGCAGGAGACAGAGGAGCAACGGACACGGAGGCUUCUCGCGCGACAGGGAGGCCAUGCGGAUGAAGAGGGCCACGAGACGCCAGAUAAGAGGCAGCAGGCUGAUCCGUGAGAGAGAGGCCAAGAGACUGAAACGGCGGCUGGAGAAGAUUGACCCUCCCUGAGAGGUCAGAUAGAGCAUGAUCCCAGCUGCUAUGGCUGCCCUGACGGCAGACAUGAGCCUGUUCCAGUUCCCCUGCCCCAUGCCUGUCCCCUCUCUGGACAACAGCCUCUUCAUGAAGCUGCCCUAGCAGGACCAGGUCA